UCAUGGCGAACAGGUUGUCUCCGUCAUUGCUCAAGGACCUGCAAGCACAUGUGGGUCCGCAGCUCGAGGUAUUGACUGAGAAAGACGGCACCCGUUUCCAAGAAUUUGACCAGGGAUGGACCAAUAUUGGCCGUCAGACACCUGGUGCUAUCGUGCUUCCAACUACCGAGGAGCAGAUUCAGAAAACAGUACAAUGGGCUGUUCGGUCAUCCGUACCCUUUGUCACCAGGAGCGGUGGUCACAGCGAGUGGUCGUCCAUUGACGAACAGGGUAUCGUCAUCAACUUGAAGAAGUACUCUGGCAUUGAGACCGACGGUCCAAGCAAGAAGGCUAUACUGAGAGGUAGCAUCUUAUCCAAAGAUGUCGCUGUAACUCUGGCUGCCGCAGGAAGCUUUACAGCAUUGGGUAAUGGUAACACUGUCGGGGCAAUUCCUUAUUUUCUUGGAGGCGGAGCAUCAGUCACCACGUCAAUCACUGGCUACGGAUCAGACCAAAUCUUAGCCGCUCGCAUGAUUGAUGCAGAAGGCAAUCUUGUCGAAGUCACAGAAGAGAAGGAGCCAGACUUGCUCUAUGCCAUUCGGGGCGCCGGCCAGUUCUUUGGUCUGGUCACUGAACUUACCAUCAGGACCACUCCAUUGUCCGAGCUGGGGAACGAGCAGGGUGUGAUUUGGGUAGGAGCCUUUGUGUUCCCCCUCGAGCGCGCAAAGGAAGUGGCCGAGGUUAUGAAACCGUUGAUGGAUGAUGGCAGUAAAGCAACAGCCGGUCUUAUUAUGAUUAUGGCUCCUCCACCGGCACGAAAGCCCGCCCUGGUGAUUUCGGCAAGAUAUACUGGAGCUCCAGACGAUGCCAAGAUUGCAUACAAGCCCUUACACGACUUACAACCUCUGAUUGCCAACGGCGGACCAGUCCCUAUCCAGAACACCAGUGAUGCCCGCGAAGUCCUUUGCGCUAAAGGUGACUUCAAGAGAUUUGGUGUCGUUGGACUAAGUCGUUUUGAUGUGGACAGCUUUCUCAAGACCAUUGAGGUGUGGAAGACUUUAGUAGAAAAGUGCCCUGAUGCCAUUAACACAGCAUUCAACUUUCAAUGGGACUCUCGGCCCCCUAAAACACCCGAUUUCCAGUCAGCAAUGUCCCUCCAUGAUACCAGAUACUGGCAGAAUAACCUCAUUUGGCAUACCGAUGUAAACAAUCGGGAAUUGGUGGAUGAGUUGAACGAUGAGUCAAUUAAGAUCAUGCGUGGGCCCGACCGAUCUGAGUAUGCCGAUUUCCAAAAUGGCACUCGCGUAGGACCAAUCGAACUGCGCUACAGGGGACCUGGCAAGCUUGAAAAGUUGAGGGAGCUAAAGAAUAAAUGGGACCCGACAGGCGUGUUCACGAGACAGCUUCUAGACUAG